UAUCCCUGUUUCCCUCUGUAUUUGACUCGAAAGAAAACUAGAGGUUAAUCUCUCGUUGCUUUCUCCAUAAUUAAGCAAGACCUUCCUUCCUCACUCGUCCUUUCUAACACCAGAACCACCGCACCAGGCCCAAUCUUACACGCACUUCUUCUCACUCUCACAUAGACAAUCUGGUUGAGAGCUUUGUUCGUGAAGGUUCGUAGACUUCAGAGUCGUGAAGGAGUUUGAGUGAAGAGUGUCAGAGUCGCCGAAAUCCAUUCUCACACGUCCUGGAUUCACUGCUCGUAUUUCAGAUCCGUUGGAUGAUCGGAACUUAGAGAAGGAAGGCUGGUUGCAAACUUAGCAUGCGUGGCCGCCAACGCGAAGCUUAUUCGAUGUACAAGCGCUUGUCAUCGAGAGACUAUACAAAUACCAUUGACAUGGAAGCAAAAGAGCUUAUAGAUGCGAUAGAUGUGGAAGAAAACUCAGCUCUUUUACAGAAAAUUACAGUUCCAGAACCUUCAAAUCCCUCCUGGAGGCUUUCUUUUCCCCAUGUAGUAGUGGCAACUCUAUCUUCAUUCUUGUUUGGCUACCAUCUCGGGGUAGUUAAUGAACCGCUUGAAAGCAUUUCUAAAGAUCUUGGCUUCAAGGGGAAUACCUUGGCAGAAGGUCUGGUAGUGAGUACAUGUUUGGGAGGUGCGCUUGUUGGAUCAUUAUUCAGUGGAUGGGUAGCUGAUGGAGUUGGACGUCGUAGGGCUUUUCAACUUUGUGCGUUGCCUAUGAUUAUUGGUGCUGUUAUGAGUGCAUCAACAAAAACUCUUGCUGGCAUGCUUUUGGGGAGGUUAUUUGUUGGGACUGGUAUGGGCCUGGGCCCUCCUGUUGCUUCUCUUUAUGUGACAGAGGUUUCUCCUGCUUUUGUGAGGGGUACUUAUGGCAGUCUCAUCCAGAUUGCAACAUGCCUUGGACUAAUGGGGGCUCUUUUUGUUGGAAUCCCUGUCAAAGAAAUUGUUGGCUGGUGGCGUGUUUGUUUCUGGGUAUCUACAAUUCCAGCUGCAAUACUUGCUCUUGCCAUGGUAUUCUGUGCAGAGAGUCCACAUUGGCUACAUAAGCAAGGAAGAACUUAUGAGGCUGAAGCCGAAUUUGAGAGGCUCCUUGGUGGAUCACAUGUCAAAACUGCAAUGGCAGAAUUAGCCAAGUCGGACAGGGGAGAUGACACAGAUACUGUAAGGCUUUCAGAGUUGCUGUACGGCCGCCAUUUUAGAGUUGUUUUUAUUGGAUCAACCCUAUUUGCUUUACAACAGCUAUCUGGUAUAAAUGCUGUCUUUUACUUCUCCUCAACUGUAUUUAAAAGUGCUGGAGUACCAUCAGGCCUUGCAAAUGCCUUCAUAGGAAUUGCAAAUUUGUCAGGAUCCAUUGUUGCAAUGGUUUUGAUGGAUAAAGUAGGAAGGAAGCUGCUGCUUUUGUGGAGCUUCUUCGGCAUGGCAAUAUCAAUGUCUCUUCAAGUUGUAGCAAGCUUUUAUUCAUCAGGCUCUGGAUCACUGUACCUGUCUGUUGGUGGAAUGCUGAUGUUCGUCUUAACAUUUGCUCUAGGAGCUGGUCCAGUUCCAGGUCUCCUUUUACCAGAAAUAUUCCCCAGCCGCAUCAGGGCAAAAGCAAUGGCUGUCUGUAUGUCAGUGCAUUGGGUGAUAAAUUUCUUUGUGGGAUUGCUAUUCUUACAAAUGUUGGAACAAUUUGGCCCGCGGCUUCUGUAUUCUAUAUUUGGCACCUUUUGCAUGCUGGCUGUGGUUUUUGUGAAACGAAAUGUGGUGGAAACUAAAGGAAAAUCGCUCCAAGAAAUUGAGAUAGCGCUUCUUCCGCAAGAAUAGAGGUGCUUUUAUGCUACGAUAAAAGUGUUUGCUGCUGGAAGCCGACCAAGUUGCAAAUGAUCGCCAGAAAAUGGUACAAUUUGGGAAAAAGAGUACUUACCCUGGGAGGGUAAAUUCUUGUCUGGUAAAAUUUUGGUGAUGGUGAACUUAAUAGAAAUAUAUCCUUUAGGCGUUCGGUCAUAAAUCAUAGGUAUGCUACAGAGGCCUAGUGUGAAUUUGUAGGUAUAGUUAAAUGUAUCAUGUUUAAUUCUCAUAUGAUCAAUUGCUCAAGCCAGACAGUUCUCUUGGAAUGUUUACUAACAAAAUUUCAAUUGAUGGUCCUCUUUAUG